GCGCAGCGUAUUCCAGAGCGCAGGGAUAUCACCGGGCCCGACUACAUUGAGGCGAAACGUAACCCGAACAAAGAAAACGGACGCGGAGAAAAAAGUGGAGGGAGGGGGGGAAGCGCUGUACGAACUGAGCAUUCUCGCUCGGGGACAUCCGGGCCGGGGAUGGCGGACGGGGCCGAUCUGAUUGAUAUUUACGCCGAGGAGGAGUUCAUCCAGGUGGGGGAGACCCGGAGCGGCUCAAAGAGAAAUGAGUCGGAGUUUGCUGCUGAGCAGGUAGACCUGUAUGACGAUGUGUUGGCUGUGCCGGCAAUUUCUUCCCUGUACACUGAUGGCAACAGAAACAUCAGCUCCCUGGAAGCACCAUCUCCCAUACAGAGCACCUCUCCUAAGUCAUACAACAAGACUUCUGAAAUCCUGUACCUCGGUGGGCGCAACAGGGUGUCCAUGUACAUUGGGAACUUCUCGUGGUGGACAACAGAUCAGCAGCUGCUCACUCUGAUCCGUUCCCUGGGCAUCAAAGAUCAUGUGGAAAUAAAAUUUGCAGAGAAUAGAGCUAAUGGCCAGUCCAAAGGGUUUGCAGAGGUCACUCUCUCCUCUGAAUCCUCCAUGAAUCUUAUACUCGAGCAUUUGCCUCAGAAGAAGCUGAAUGGGAAGAAGCUGGAUGUGCGACCAGCCAAUCGGCAGAACUUGUCCUUCUUUGAAGCACUUUCACGCAAGAAGAUUCCACCCCGAGCAAAUUCAAAGAGCUCUUCAGAUUUGACAGACGGGUCUUCCACACUAGGCGAGCCUGCCAUGUUGUCACCUCCAGCCGAGGCUCCAAAAAGGAUCAUGCCGUUGCUCUCCAACACCUCCUAUUGUGAAGCUCCUUCUCGCAUCCCUGUCAUGACCCUUCAACAUCCCACUAUGACUCUUCCUCCUCCUCCUCCUCAGUCUCCCACAUUGCAUGCUGCUUACCGGCCACCCCCUAUUCCCCCUCUACACUAUACCCAUUUAAUGCCUCCACCUCCCAGGCUGCUGCCGCCUCCAUUAGGCAUGCCUCCACCUGGCAGUGUACCACCUUCCCUCCAUCUAAACCCUGCCUUCUUUCCCCCUCCCAAUUCUGUCCUUUGUCCCCCGCCGGAACCAUUCAAGAUGAUUCCCCACCCCUAUAUACAUAGCCGAGACCCGAAAGGUCCGUAUCCUCCAGUAAGUGACGCAGAGUUUGAAGAGUUAAUGAACAGAAACCGUGCAAUCUCUAGGAGCGCGCUCUCGAACGCUGUAUGCGGGGCAACUUCAGGGGAUUAUGCAAACGCCAUCAAAACUCUAGAAACAGCCAUUGCUGUGAUUAAGGAGUCUCGUGUGGCCAAUGACGAUCGCUGCCGGGUCCUGCUUGCCUCCCUCAAAGACUGUUUGCAUGGGAUUCAGGACAAAGCCAACUCUUCCAGGAAGAGACACCGCUCCAGAGACAGAUCUCCUAGCCGAUCAAGGGAAGGCAGCAGCCGGCGUCACAGAGACUCGCACGACCGAUCGGAUGAAUAUUACCAAGAGCGACAUCGCGACAAGGAUCGACACCGCUGAAAGGUGACCCAAAGUUUGGAAGGGAUUAAUCAUCAUUUUUACUACAGGUCUCCAUGAUGCCACACGCAUUUGUUUUUUUUUUUUAAACUAAAGGACUAACGUUGCGUCCUUGUGACCUAAUGAAGCUCGCCACUCAUCUCCUAUUUCAUUAGUGACUUCUCCCUUUGUUACUCAUGGGAUUUUAUUCCAGUUCUUGCAAGGACCAACCUGUCUCCUUCAAUCACAGCUUUUUCCACCGGCGACCCCCUUGUCCAUCAGACUUUUAUCAAAGAGGCUGACUUUUCCCGUAUCCUCAAUCUGCAUCUUCUUCCCUUCCAAUCAUGGAAACGUUGUCUACGACUUCCUUACAAUAGCAGAUUUUUUUCUUUGCGCUCUACAGUAUUCUUUCUUUGCGUUGAUUUGUUCCUCGCAGCUUCUAGCUGUAAGAGACGGUGGAUUUGUUCAAGCUUCACUGUAAGACUCGGCACUGGGAGGAAAUUCUCUAACUAUAUUGUAUGUAUCCAGUGUGCAGACUAUUGCUGAGGGCAUUGCUCAGAAACUGAUACCACGUCGGAGAGUGUUUUGGGCAGACGUUAAAAAAGAUUUUUCUCUACCUGUGCCCACCCUCUCUCCUAUCAUGUUCAUUACACUGAGUUUGGUGGAAGGAGUUGCGGUAACCUGCUGCGCUGGGAAGGUCGGACAAAUAUUAGUUUGUUUUUUACCAUAUCCGAAUGUUUCGUUUAUUAUAUAGAGGGGCAUUGUAAUAGCCUAAGGGUCAUGGCACACAGGGAGAUUAGUCGCCCGGCAACAAAUCUCCUCUUCUUCGGGGCGACUAAUCUCCCCGACUGCCUUCCCGCCGGCUAAAAUGUAAAUCACCGGCGGGAUGGCACGCGGCGUGAUUCGUUUUCUGAUGACGCCUCACGAGGAAACUUCAGACGACUUCGGAAAACGUUUUAGCCGGCGGGAAGGCAGUCCGGGGAGAUUAGUCGCCCCGAAGAAGAGGAGAUUUGUUGCCGGGCGGCCAAUCUCCCCGAAUCUGCCUGUGUGCCCUGACCCUAAGGGAAGCCCUGCGUGAAACCCCCUCUGGCGGGGAAUUACCCCUCCCAACACCAUCAGUUGCUCCUGUUCAUUUUCCCUGCCUGGAAAUUGUGGAAUAAAUUGAUAAUGUUGUUAAACUUU